UUAGUUCAAAUUGAGAUUAGUCGAGAUUACACGCACUUUUGUAUACAAAGUUAUUAAAUGACAUUGUUUUCGGAAAUGUUACUAGAAACCGUUUUAUUCUAUGGAUUUUUACCAUUUUUUCUUGUGUUUAUAUUCAUUUAUGUAUAUUUUCAGUAUUCUUACACGUAUUGGCGGAGAAAAGCUGUUCCAUAUAUAAAACCCAAAUUUCCUCUAGGUAAUAAUGAUUGUAUUGCUCCCCAAGCAACAUCUUAUGGCUUGGAAACUGUUGCAUGGUACAAAGACUUCAAGAGCAGGGGUUUGAAAUAUGGUGGGGCUUGGAGUUGGGCAAAGCCAGUUCUGUUGCUAACCGAUCCUGAUUAUAUUAGAGAUGUUCUUUUAAAGGACUUUCAAUAUUUUGUUGACCGUGAUAUGUACUCUAAUCCAGUACAUGACCCGAAAAACGAAAGCCUUUUUGUCGUGAAAAAAGAUGAAUGGAAAAACAUGCGGACAAAGCUAUCACCAGUGUUUACAUCGGCCAAAAUGAAAAUGAUGUUCGAUAUGGUGGUGGAGUGUUCGAAACCGAUGAUAGAAUGCAUUGAAGCUGCAAGCGGUACCAAAGACGACAUUGAUAUCAAAGACCUCUUAGCUUCAUUCACCAUUGACGUCAUAGGUUGUGUGGCAUUUGGCCUCGAAUUCGAUUGUUUCAAAGACAAAGACUCGCAGUUUAGACAGAUGGGACGUGAAUUUGUCAAUGUAGACAUUUUCAGAGCGACAGGACUGUUAACGACAAGGAUAUGCGAGAAACUAGCCGUCCAUUUUGGAUUUAAUAACAUACCGAAGGUCAUGACAAAAUUUUUCGUGGACGUGGUGAAAAAUAAUAUAGAGUUUAGGAAGAAAAAUAAUAUUUACCGACCCGAUUUUACACAGCUGAUGAUGGAAGUGUUUGAAUCUACGAAAAAUGAUGAACAUCCAUUUACUAAGGAUAACUUGAUAGCAAACACUACUCUGUUUUUCAUAGCAGGUUUUGACACAUCCUCUACAACAAUGCAGUUCGUACUAUAUGAGCUGGCCCGAAAUCCAGAACUUCAAGAAAAAACCCGUGCGGAAAUCAACAAAGUUUUAGAAAAACAUGACGGAAAAUUCACUUAUGAAGCUUUCAAAGACAUGACUUAUUUGAGACAAGUUCUUGACGAAACCUUAAGAAUGUACCCACCGGUCCAAAACCUCGCGAGAAUCUCCGUCAAACCAUACACUUUCAAAGAUACGAAUUUCACACUGGAAAAGGGGAUUACGGUCCUGGUGUCCACGUCAGCGAUGGGAAGAGAUCCAGACUAUUUUCCCGAUCCUGAUAAGUUCGAUCCUGAGAGAUUUAAUACUGAAAAUAAAGCGGUCAGAAAUCCGUAUGUUUAUUUACCUUUUGGCGAGGGUCCAAGGAAUUGUAUCGGUAUGCGUUUUGGAAUUAUGCAGUCCUCAAUUGGAAUUGUAAGAAUACUGAGAAAAUUCAGGAUUUCUAUAAGCCCAACCACCCAGCUGCCUUUAACGCUCAUGCGUGGUGUGUUUCUGCUUCAAACAAACGAAACACUUUAUUUGAAAGCAGAAAAACUAUAAUUUUCUCUUCAAAUUUUCAUUUAUCAUCAACAAGCAAAAUACACUAAGUCUACACGGAAAAAAAACUGAAGUAGAAAAUUUGCUAAAUGCA